UGAUCCAACACCCUCGGGCGCCAAAAGGGUCCACAAAAUUCUACUAAACCCAAGUCAUAGAUCCGAGUUGAAUGCCAACCCACCAUCUGCGCAGCCAAAUCAUGCGCCGCGCAUUUGGUGUCUCGCGAUGUCCAGAGUGCACGCAUAGCGCAAGCACGCACACACGCAGGGGAGCGCGGUGAGGGAAGAGAAGAGAAGGGAGGGUUUGUGAGUGCUGGAUCUCGACGAAGGGAGAGCUGUGUGUGUUUGCCUCCAUGGACGAUUUCGCCAACUUGCUGCAUCAGGACUAUGGGUUGAAGCCGAGCGGGAAGAGCAUGCCCAUGGCUGGUGGAGUAGGAAGCCACAGCGGAGGAGCUGGAUCGGGUGCAGGGGGCAUGGGCAGGUCGGGAUCUGCUUCUCGAAUGGCCAGCAACGAGGACGUCUUCGACUCUAUCUUUAACCCUCCGCUCUCUAGCGGCGGUGAUGCCAGAAGCAGCAGUUCCAGAUCUAUUUACGAUGACCUUCUUGGAGGACCCCCAAUGGCAUCCAGGGCGUCCAAUGAUACAUUUGGAGAUCUCUUAGACGGAUUCAACUCCUCAGGAUCAAGGUCACAGUCUAUUCAGGACCCCUUUGCCGAUGAUUUAUUGGGGGGAUUUAGUGCGGUCAAGCCACCACAACCGAAGGCUUAUACCUCAGCCAGGUCUUUGGAUGGCAUUUUCUCUGAAGAUUUUGGUCAUACUAGAACUUCCUCACAUACUAGUUCCGCGAGCCACAAUAUAGACGAUCCAUUCAGUGCGUUCGACGUGCCCAAGCCAAAGUUAGCCCAGUCUCAAACAAUGUUUAGUAAUGAAUGGAACUUUAGUGCAUCUAAGUCUGCAUCAAGAGGAGGAACAUUGCACUCUUCUAUUGAUGGUGAUCUUUUGGGAGGAUUUUCAACAUCCGCAGGUCGUUCAAAGCAGGCGACGCCAUCUCGAUCUCCACCAUCUAGCCCUCCUCGAGCCAAGCAUUCUGAACCUGUGUAUGAUGACAUUCUACCAGGGUUUGGCGGUGGGGACCGAAGGAAAAAGGAAUCUGUUGCUGAGGCAGAUGCGAUGCGGGGUAUUCCAAUCAUAACCACAGAUGAUGAUGAUGAUGUAUUUAGUAACGUCCCUAGCUCUACAUCAGCUGCAACACCAGAUCCUUUCAGAGAUAUACCUGCUACCAAGUCCACCACUGAUGCUUCUCAAGGAACUCCCGCUAUCGUUCCCUUAGAUGCAGAUGAAAUGCGUGGAAUUCCGCUCAUGAGUUCCUCCCCAAUAUUUGAUGAUGAUCCGUUCGUUUCUGCUGCAAAGGUAGAUCCUUUUGCUAGUAUAAUUUCAGAUUCAAUUCCUCCUUCUGCUUCUUACACGGAUCCAUUAGAACCCUUCAAUAUGCCCCCUGCUUCCGGGUCCUUCAGUAGUAAUGCUACAGAGGGAUCAAAGAACCAGGAUAACAAUGGAAGUGGAUCGUAUGAUCCUCUCGAUGGAUUCUCUAAUCCACCACCUGUAGCUACGUCUCAGGUAGAAGAGGAUUCAACCCCGAAUCUCUCUAGAUCUGGUUCAAAUGGCCGAGAAGGUUCUCCAGGCCCGGGGACUUUGGAUGAUAGGCCCUCAAGGCGGGGCUUCGGCAGUGUUCCAUUUAACGUGGACAUAAGCGAAACUCCUGAAGUUGCAUCUCCCUCUUUCAUGUCAGGGAGGAACGAAGUCGGGACGAAAUCGGAUUUAAAUGGCUUUACUUCAAGGUUUGGUAAUGGGUUUAAGUAUGAUGAACCCUUUAUGGCAGCAGGUGAAAGCAACAACAAGUACAAUGUUGACAAAGUGCCUGUGGACGUUUUUGAAGAGAAUUGGCUCUCCGUCGACGAUAUGAAACUUGUAACAUCGCCUACCAUAGCACCGCCUCCUUCACGUGCUCCUCCAAGACCUGGUUUGGACAGGAAGACGAGCUCAAGGAGUUAUGCAAAUUACAGGGACAGUGUGGAUGAAAAUAGGGGAAGAUCUAAUGAACUGCCAGUAUAUGGGAACAGAUCAACUGGAUCAGAUGUUUCCAACGAAUCUGAAUUGGAGAGAGAACGAGCUGCUUCCAGAGAAAGAGAAGCGGCCUUGGUGCAAAAGGAACGAGAAGCUGCAGAGAGGGAAAGAGCUCUGAGGCAGAAAGAGCGUGAGAGACAAAGAGAACGGGAGAAGCAGAGAGAGAGAGAAAGAGAAAGAGAGAUUGCACGUCAGAGAGAGCAGGAGAAACAGAGAGAAAGAGAAAGAGAGAUUGAACGUCAGAGAGAGCAGGAGAAACGGAGAGAAAGCGAGAGAGAAAUUGAACGUCUGAGAGAACAAGAGAAUAGUGAAGCUUUGGACAGGGCCAAGAAAGCUGCAGAAAAAGCUGCUCGCGAAGCUCAAUAUAGGAUGGAGAAAGCUGCUGCGGAGAGGGCGAUUGCUGAAGCGCGUGAGCGAGCAGAGAGGGCAUCAACAGCUCGACAGACUGAUGAGAAUGCAGAAAAGGCUAGAAGGGCAGCAGAAAAAGCUGCUGCCGAGAGGGCGAUUGCCGAAGCUCGUGAGCGAGCAGAGAGGGCUGCGUUGCAGAGAGCUGCAGCAGCUCGGGAGAAGGAGCAACGGGAGAAGGAACAGAAGGAGAGGGAAGAGCGAGAAAAAAGGGAACGGGAUGAGAGAGAGAAGAGGGAACGGGAUGAGAGGGCGAGGAGAGAAAGGGCAAAAGAAGAAAGAGAGAGGGAGAAAGAAAGGCGUGAGAAGGAGGAGAGAGAGAAAGAAAGGGAGCGAGACCGGAGGAGGGAUAGAGAAAGAGGUGGGGCUGAACCAACCUGGCCUGCUGGUGCAAGUAGUCGGGCAACAAGUGAACCUCGACAACGACCACCUACUAAUCAACCCUCUGCUUCUUUUGGUGGCGACGCUCGACGGCCCUCGCCUACAAAUCCUGUCUAUUCCUCUACAGGGAGCUCUCCAGCGCCCCAUCCAACCACCAGGAAACCCCAACCACCAGUGAAGAUUGUGGAUGAUUGGACAACGUUAUUGACACAGACUGCACCGGCCGGUGAUCAGUUUCAGGAAAUACCAGGGGAGACUGCCGAGAGGAGGAAACUGAGGCUUGAGAGGCAUCAGAAAACACAUGAGCGUGCGCAGCAGGCUUUGAAGGAAAAGAACGAUCGUGAUCAGGCUCAGCUUAAAGAACAGGCUGAAAGAAGUAUGGCUGCAGGAAAUUUGGACGCUGAAAUACGGCGCUGGGCAACUGGCAAAGAAGGCAAUUUGCGAGCACUUCUCUCGUCCUUGCAUUUGAUACUAUGGCCAGAGACCAACUGGAAACCUGUGUCUUUGACAGACUUAAUUACAGGUAUUUCGGUGAAAAAGUCCUAUCAGAGAGCAAUUCUUUGCGUCCAUCCUGACAAGGUGCAGCAGAAGGGUGCUAAUGUGCAACAGAAGUAUAUUGCGGAGAAAGUUUUUGAUCUUCUAAAAGAGGCAUUUGCAAGAUUCAAUUCUACUGAGUUAUAUUGAGCCAAUAACACUGGUAGACAAUUGAUUAUAGCAAAUCUGGACGCUGAUUGUGGCUGGAUUUUUAGAACUUUUCUGGUAUAUAGUUAAGUGCAUAAAUCUUGACAAGGGAUGUUUCUCGCACUGUCCUAUAGUCACUACUAAUCCAUUAGCUCGACCUCUUCCCAAGCUGAAAGAUGAAGACAGCAACUUUAGAGCUUUAAGGUUUUUCAACUGCAUGCACACUUUCAAACCACCCAGUGGAUGGUGAUUCUAAACCACAUUUAGGGUUGCCUUAAGGAACCACUUGACAAGACCCCCCAGGCUUGUGUUCAUAAAUCCAGCUUGCAGUCAGGUUUUGUAACCUAAGGUUGGUUCUAGAGGCUAGGAAGUUCUUGUUCAAGGAGUGCAAUAGCACUUCUUUCAAGUGAUAGGGGAGUUCUAUUUUAGACAACACGAAGUUGUGACAACAACUAUUUUUAUCCCACUAUCAUUUUUAUUCCAUUAUGUGGACUGUUGAUAUAUUUAAAGUUAAGAUGACCAGUGUAAUUGGUCGUA